GCUUAUUUCCCUCUACUUUUAAUAGAAUAAUACUCGAAGUUGAAGCAGAGAAAGGUCAUGAGCUUGCAGAGUAAGCUACACCAGGAGGAAUGGUUGACAAGAAACAUCUUCCUACUCUUAGCUAGUGAGGAGGAAUGAGUCCUUGCUGAUCAAGCAAGGAGGUGGGCAUAUAAUUGCCAGCUCCUCAGGGUCGAACCUUCAGAGCUAAUUGGGAGUUUGAAAAGUGCAAAUGAGAGGCUGUUCUCCUGAUCGGUGAAAACAGCAGUUGAAGAAAAUCAAAGUAUCUACCAUUGUCGAUAUUAUGGCCAUGUUGAAGAGCUCAAAUGGGGAGAUCCCAGCAGAGAAUGGCGACCACAAGGACCCGAAAAAGGGAAUAGAAGACGAGAAAAUCGAUUCGGUCCCCUUCCACAAGCUCUUCUCGUUCGCAGAUUCGACGGACGUGCUUUUAAUGGUUGUGGGCUCACUGGGCGCUAUUGGGAAUGGGAUGUCUCUUCCCCUCAUGACUGUGCUGUUCGGGCAGUUGAUUAACUCUUUCGGGCUGAAUCAGAACAACAAGAACGUCGUACAUGAAGUGUCAAAGUUAUCGCUACAGUUCGUCUAUUUAGCGGUGGGAUCUGCAGCAGCAUCUUUUCUGCAGGUGGCUUGUUGGAUGGUAACUGGAGAGAGGCAAGCCGCCAGAAUACGAGGCUUGUACCUUCGGACCAUACUGAGACAAGACGUAGCCUUCUUUGACACAGAGACAAACACUGGAGAGAUUGUAGGGAGAAUGUCGGGCGACACCGUUCUCAUACAAGAUGCCAUGGGGGAAAAGGUAGGGAAGUUCAUUCAGCUUGUAGCGACGUUUCUGGGUGGAUUUGUCAUAGCUUUCAUCAAAGGAUGGCUACUCACCUUGGUUAUGUUAUCGUCCAUUCCUCCACUUGUUGUUUCGGGUGGGGCCAUGUCCCUUGUCAUAUCAAAGAUGGCUUCUCGGGGACAGACUGCCUAUGCAAAGGCAGCAAACGUCGUCGAACAAACAAUCGGCUCUAUCAGAACAGUUGCAUCUUUUACCGGGGAGAAGCACGCAAUUAAGAACUAUGACAAGUUUCUCGUGCAUGCUUACAAGAACGGUGUUCACGAAGGAUUAGCUGCUGGGUUGGGGGUUGGGACGGCCUUCUUCAUAAUCUUCUGCAGCUAUGCAUUGGCCAUUUGGUUUGGAGCAAAAAUGAUCUUGGAAAAAGGAUAUACUGGAGGUGAUGUGCUUAAUGUGAUUGUGGCCGUGUUGACCGGUUCGAUGUCACUAGGACAGGCUUCCCCUUGCAUGACAGCUUUUGCUGCUGGUCGAGCAGCGGCUUUUAAGAUGUUUGAGGCAAUUGAUAGGAAGCCCGAGAUCGAUUCCUGCAGCCCGAAGGGCAAGACACUAGAAGACAUUCGUGGAGAUAUAGAACUCAAAGACGUUUAUUUUAGUUAUCCAGCGCGGCCACAAGAGCCAAUAUUUAGUGGGUUUUCGCUUUGCAUAUCUAGCGGGACAACCACCGCCCUGGUCGGGCAGAGCGGGAGUGGGAAAUCCACCGUUAUCAGCCUAAUCGAGCGAUUUUAUGAUCCACAGUCUGGAGAAGUACUCAUAGACGGCAUAAAUUUGAAAGAGUUUCAGCUUAAGUGGAUUAGGAGUAAGAUCGGUCUCGUAAGUCAAGAACCGGUUCUCUUCACAUCAACUAUCAAGGAGAAUAUCGCAUUCGGAAAGGAUGGCGCUACAACAGAAGAGAUUCGGGCUGCUGCGGAACUUGCAAAUGCUGCUAGAUUCAUCGAUAAAUUGCCACAGGGAUUCGAUACAAUGGUUGGUGAACACGGGACGCAGCUGUCGGGGGGACAGAAGCAGAGAGUUGCGAUAGCAAGGGCUAUACUGAAAGACCCGAGAAUUCUACUUCUUGAUGAGGCCACGAGCGCACUCGAUGCAGAGUCAGAGAAAAUUGUGCAAGAAGCACUUGACAGAAUAAUGAGCAAUCGGACGACCGUCGUUAUCGCUCAUCGAUUAAGCACAGUGAGGAAUGCUGAUAUGAUCGGCGUGAUUCAUCAGGGCAAGUUAGUCGAGAAAGGCACGCAUUCGGAACUACUUGAAGAUCCUGAGGGAGCGUAUGCGCAGCUGAUACGUCUCCAGCAAGUGAAGAGCGAAUCAGAAAAGGGGAAAGAUGAUGGAACUAGUGAGUUGAGCACGAGCCAAAGAAUGUCGUCCUUACGAUCGAUAAGCCGUACAUCUUCAGGAGUAGGAAACAGCGGUCGCCACUCCUUCUCCCUCUCAUUCGGUGUGCCUGCCGGGGUGGGCAUCUCCAAUGCUGCGCCAGGACAAGCGGAGCCCUCUUCUGCUGAAACCACUGAAAAUGCUCCUGAGGUCCCAAUCCGUAGGCUCGCUUACCUCAACAAGCUGGAGCUUCCGGUGAUGAUCCUUGGGUCAAUCGCUGCAGUAGUCAGCGGAGUGGUCAUGCCAAUAUUCGGCCUGCUACUGUCAAGCAUCAUCAACUCGUUCUAUGAGCCACCUCAUAAGCUGCGAAAGGACUCGAAGUUUUGGGCAUUGAUGCUGACUGUCAUCGGUGUGGCAUCCCUACUGUCGUUCCCAUCACAGAAUUACUUCUUUUCGGUUGCAGGCUGUAAGUUGAUCCAGAGAAUCCGAUUGAUGUGCUUCAGGAAGGUGGUCCACAUGGAAGUGAGCUGGUUCGAUGAACCAGACCACUCGAGUGGGGCCAUUGGAGCGAGGCUAUCAGUUGAUGCAGCGACAAUUCGUGCCUUAGUUGGAGAUGCGCUAGCUCAACUUGUUCAGAAUGGGGCAGCAGCAAUUGCCGGUGUAGUCAUUGCCUUUGUAGCAAGCUGGCAAUUGGCCCUGAUCAUCCUCGCUUUACUUCCUCUACUUUUCGUCAAUGGCUAUGCUCAAGUUCGGUUCAUGAAAGGAUUUAGUGCUGAUGCAAAGAUGAUGUACGAGGAAGCAAGCCAAGUAGCAACAGAUGCAGUCGGAAGUAUCAGGACAGUUGCUUCUUUCUGCGCUGAAGAGAAAAUGAUGCAGCUCUACUCGAAGAAAUGUGAGGGUCCAAUGAAGAACGGGAUAAGGCAAGGCUUGAUUAGCGGAACCGGGUUCGGCAUAUCUUUCUUCUUGCUAUUUGCUGUCUAUGCCACUUGUUUCUAUGCUGGCGCUCGGUUUGUUCAGGAUGGCAAGGCGACAUUCACCGAUGUCUUUCGGGUCUUCUUCGCCCUGACCAUGGCGGCUAUGGGAAUAACACAAUCGAGCUCGAUGCUACCCGAUUCUAGCAAAGCUAAGGCCGCUGCGGCUUCCAUAUUCACAAUAUUGGACAGAAAGUCGAAGAUAGACCCAAGCGAUGAAUCGGGAAUAACACUCGAGAGCGCGAAGGGAGAGAUCGAACUUCGUCACAUCAGCUUUAAGUAUCCCUCUCGUCCUGAUAUACAGAUUUUCCGUGAUCUCAGCCUGGCCAUUCAUUCGGGCAAGACAGUAGCAUUGGUCGGGGAAAGUGGGAGCGGGAAAUCGACUGUGAUAGCAUUGCUGCAGCGGUUCUACGACCCGGAUUCGGGUCAUAUCAAGCUCGAUGGGGUCGAGAUACAGAAGUUGCAUCUCAAAUGGUUCAGGCAGCAGAUGGGCCUAGUGAGUCAGGAACCGGUUCUGUUCAACGAAACGAUCCGGGCAAAUAUUGCUUACGGGAAGGAAGGAAAUGCGACAGAGGCUGAAAUAUUGGCCGCCUCAGAGCUUGCCAAUGCCCACCGGUUCAUCAGUGGCUUACAACAGGGUUACGAUACAUUAGUCGGGGAGCGAGGAGUCCAGCUAUCGGGCGGGCAGAAGCAGCGUGUGGCGAUUGCACGGGCCAUAGUGAAGGAGCCGAAGAUCCUGCUCCUGGACGAGGCCACCAGUGCACUGGAUGCGGAGUCUGAGAGGGUGGUCCAGGAAGCGUUGGACAGGGUCAUGGUAAACAGGACCACGGUCAUAGUGGCGCACCGGCUGUCCACGGUCAAGAAUGCAGACGUGAUUGCCGUGCUCAAGAACGGAGUCAUCGUCGAAAAGGGAAGGCACGACACGCUAAUCAAUAUCAAGGAUGGAUUCUAUGCGUCCCUGAUUGCUCUUCACAUGAGCGCUUCGACUUCCUAAAAAUUUUUGUGCAUCUCCCCCAGUUUGUUCCCUAUUAAAAUUAUGGCAUAGUAAAUGCAUCCAUGCAAAAAUCUAUUUUGUAAUACGUUUGUGUCUGUCACAACUCACAAUCUAUUGUUUUUCCAAACCAGGUCGGGUUUUGAAUUUAAUAAAAAACAAUUAAUAAUU